AUGAUGAGCAAUCACCUGGAUGAUGCCGUAUUCUGUGCCUUUUGCAACAGGACUGUUGGUUUGUGGCUUCUGAGAGAUGGAGUAUUUGAUGUUGAAAAAGAACAUCAGAAGUGGUGUGCCUUCGGAUCAGUUGAUAAGCGAUAUACGAAUGAGUGGCAGUGCCGCCUUUUACCACUUCAUCGUUUCUCAAAGGUUGAUUUUAAUGGCAAUACCUUGUCCCCACUAGAGUAA